AUGCUGAAAGGAAAGAAGGUUAAGAACAAGAUGGGCAACCUUGUUCCUGCUGACAUGAGGAAGCAGGAGGCCAAGAAGGUGGUCAAUCCCCUAUUUGAGAAAAGGCCCAAGAAUUUUGGUAUUAGACAGGAUAUCCAGCCCAAAAGGGACCUCAUCCGCUUUGUCACCAAUCAGGCUGCAGUGAAAGCUGCCAGCAAAGGUGAUGUCCCCUCUAAGAGGUCACCUGUCCUUCGAGCUGGGGUUAAUACUGUCACCGUCUUGGUGGAAAACAAGAAGGCUCAGCUGGCGGUGAUUGCACAUGAUGUGGAUCCCACUGAGGUGGUUGUCUUCCUGUGUGCCCUGUGUUGUAAGAUGGGGGUUCGCUACUGCAUUAUCAAGGGAAAGGAGGCCAAGCUAGGACAUCUGGUCCACAGGAAGACCUGCACUACUGUCACCUUCACACAGGUUAACUCGGAAGACAAAAGAGCUGUAGUUCUGGCUAAGCAGGUGGAAGCUAUCAGGACCAAUUACAAUGACAGAUAUGAUGAGAUAUGCUGUCACUGGGGACGCAAUAUCCUAGGUCCACAGGCAGUGGCUCACAUUGCCAAGUUGGAAAAGGCUAAAGAACUGGCCACAAAAUUGGGCUAAGCAUAAGCUGUUGAAUUUUCUGUACAUAAAAGUUACAAAAAGUUCUCUUUCAAAAAAAGUCAAAAUAGCACAAAAAAGACACAUUCUUUUUAUAAAAACAGACAAAUCCAGAUUGCUUAUCUGAAAUAGAUGGGCUCCAGUCAUUCUUUGAAAGUUUCUUUUAGUUCAAUAUUUAAAAAUUAGUAACAAAGAUGUGUAAAACAUAUCUGUGGCAAUCUCUAAUUUCAUCAUCUUUGGUUUUUGAAAGAUUAUAUAUAAUCUACUAUUACCAACAUAUAUAUCAUCAAUAUAUAGUCUCCUUGAGGGU